AUGGGGAGGGAGAAUGAAUUGGUUCUUGGUCAUCGUCAUCUUAGCCCGUACCACCGGUUGACAUGCAUCAUAGAAGAUUUACAGCUGACCUCUCGUAAUUUGCACCCGGCUCGCCUAAACAACAAUACGAGCAAGGUGAAGCAACCUGCGGAAAGGGCAAACAUCGCAGAUAUAAAACGUGUACAUCCCAGCAGUCUGUAUUCCAUCUCCGGCGCCGCAAUCGACGGUAUCGAUUCAAACAACUCAGAAACUACAUACAACAUGACGAAACUGAUAUUCGCUUGCAUCAUGUUAGUGGGGUGCGUAAGCGCUGCCCGGCUAGAUCAUCUAGUGCCAUCGGGUUACGCUGGCGGCCGUGGAGGCCCCGACGCCACGCCCUUCCACUUCGAGAACGUUAACAACGGCGAUGGCAACUAUCGCUACAGUUACGAUACUCCUGAGGGUAUAUCAGCGCAUGAAACUGGAUCACCUCGUGCUCAAGGCCCUGAAGGCCCCGCAGUAACAGCAGAAGGAGGUUUCUCCUUCCACACUCCCGAUGGACAGCACGUUCAGCUCACUUACACAGCCGACGAGAACGGGUUCCAUCCGACAGGAUCUCACAUUCCCACCCCACCGCCUAUUCCUGAAGCGAUACUGCGCUCUCUCGAAUACAACAGACAGAAUCCUUCACCUGACAGUGGCUCUUUCAACGCUGGCGCCGGCGGUCGUAACUACUACUGA